UAUAACAACUAGUAAUAUAAACAAAUUACUUUACCCAAUACUGUACUAAGUUUUCUACAACUAUUAUACUACAAUAUACACUAGUAUAUUAGGCACGCUGGACGGGACCAGCUGGAACGGAGACAUUACUGGGGCAAGAAAAAUGUCCUCUCCACACUUUAAGUCCAGCAGUGUUUCAGCAAACUCUCUCAGUAGCUGGGGGGGAGGCUCACUUCCGAACCCUCGAAGUCCACCAACACUCCCUCGGCGAUGGAAGAUUCGGCCGGCUCACACACCUGGUCAGGUACACGCUGCUCAGGCUCCGUGGCAAUGUGACCCCCGAUUGCUCUUGUGGGCGUGGGCGGCUCAAUCGCGGCGGUCUCCGUUGUUCUACCUGCGGUGGGCUCAGGUCGUAAAUCCUCGCCGUCUGGGUGGUUCUGGCUGGGCACUGGUUAGGGAGUGGGGCUGGCGGAAACUCCGACGGUGAAUGGUGAUCCACAGGACGCCAGCACCCACUCCACAUAGGACUCGAAGACCCUGCCCGGACAGCUGUGCUCGUGUGGUGUUGUUAAGUCCGAUGUACAGGAACGAGCACAGACAGUAGUCCGGGAAGGUGGUCUGAUGUACGAGAUCCAAAAAUUGUAGUAAAUGUCUCUCGAGGGAGAUUUCUUGAAAAUACUUGAAAAUCCAACAGGAACAGACACCAGUGUAGACACGAACGACACCAGACAAACAUACUGAACAGGAACUUAAAUACACUGAUUGAUUAACUCAAAUGUCGAACAGCUGUGGUGACUGUGAUUAGUGUCCAUGAUUACUGAUUGUGGCGGGAAGCUAGAACAAAGGAACAUGUGACAGAUGACAACAAACAACUAAAAGUCCAUGUGACUGUGACAAGCUAUUAGUGGUAAGAUAAAAUGUUUUGUGAAUACGGCCCCAGAUCACAUUUCCUCGUUGGCAGUUUUCUUGGUUAUACAGACCAAACAGAGCUCAACUCUUCCUCAUUGUCCAUCUCAGAAGAGGCUGAUCUCUUUCUCAAAGGCCGGAUAGUCACACGCGUCAUGCCCUCAUUCUACAUCUUCGUCAUCGUCUUUAGUUUACCACUAAACGCUUUGGCCUUGGUGACGUUCACCUGUAAGAUUCGAGCGAAGAAACCAGCGGUGAUCUACAUGUCUCACCUGGCGUGUGUGGACCUGCUCUUCACCCUGCUGCUGCCUCUGAAGAUCCACUACCAGCUGAACGCUUCAGAUUGGGUGUUCGGUGAGGUGGCGUGUCGUGUGAUCAGUGCAGCGUACUACUGCUACAUGUACUGCUCCAUACUGCUGAUGAUGUGCAUGAGUGUGGACAGACUGCUGGCCGUGGCGUUUCCCGUCGCAUCUCUAACCUGGAGGAGCGUAAGGAAAGCCACCUAUGUAUGUGUGCUGGUCUGGCUGCUGGCGCUCGCUGGUACGGUGCCACUUCUCUCAAUGAGACAAACGGCUAAUAUUAAGGAUGUAGGCGUCACUUGUCAUGACGUACUGCACCACAACGACCCUACAGUGCUGUAUUAUGUGUACCUGUUCUCCAUCCUCUCCUGCCUCUACUUCUUCUUGCCGCUGGUUGUCACCUUAGUGAGCUACUUUACUAUAAUAUAUGUGCUCAGUGUAAAGUCUAAUCAAUUAGCAACAUCAUCAUCAUCUUCAGACAAUCGAAGGAGAGCUGUGAUUAUGGCUAUCGCUGUGCUAAUUGAGUUUGUGGUGUGUUUCGCUCCAACCAAUGGCAUCCUGUUUUACCACUGUGUUCGUUUAGCUGGAGGAAACAGCGGGGAGGGAGAUUCAUCAUAUGCUGCUUACCUGGUGGCUGUGUGUUUGGGGAGCGCAAGUGUUUUUCUAGAUCCUCUUCUGUACUACUACGGAUCGUCUCAGUGCAGACAGAAGAUCAGAUCUGUGUUGAGGAGGGAAAAGGCAAAAAAGCCAAUUACACCAAGUAACGCGCAGACAAAAUCCACAUCUGUCACUCAAAACAGUAAAGUGUGAAGUUUAAAAAACACUGAUCAGGAAUGUGGUUUUCCUAAUUGCCAGUUUCAGUAUAUUAUAUUAUGUAUGUAUUAUUUAUGUAUGUAUUAUGCAUGUAUCUAACCUGUUUAUCUGAAGCUCUGAAGCGGAAGGUUCUAAGAAACAAAUUCUGCUGUAAAGCAGCUUUAAAAAGAAAAGACAAUCGUGUAAUUAUUCAUCUUCAGUGUUGAUUCAUUUUAAAAAUUGUGUAAAUUCAAAAACUGUGUAAAGUAAAGAAAGGUAAUGUAAAGUUCUGUUCAUAGAUAUUUAGAUAUGUACUGCAUAUUUUACUUCCUAAAAUCUAGUCAAUGUUUCUUUCACCAAAAACAUUCACAUAUUUUAGUUUUUUGUAGUAUUUUUACUCUGAUUCAUAGAAUCAAGCAGGUCGUUUUUGCAAUUGUACUAUUAAGGGGAUAGUUCACCCAAAAAAUUAAAUUUAUGUCAUCAUU